AUGGACUUAGAAACUUACUCACCCCUUCCACUCACCAUCGACCCGGCGACCAAGGCUAUCUCCUCCUCCGACCCUACCCUCUCCGCCGACAUCGACGACCUGAACAAGCUACAUCGGCUAGUCGUUGGCCUGGACACACCGAACCAAGUCCCCGCGCCACCAGCUCCCGUGAACCCCAAGCGUUCCGUUCAGAUAACCAAACUCCGCGAAUCCGGCAACGCAGCCUACAAGAAAUCCUCCCUCCCGGAAGCCCUGAACCUCUACACGCUCGCCAUCCGCAUGGCCUCCGAGCGCCCGCCGUGGGAAGCCUCGGGCCUCGUGCGCGAAGAACUCUCCGCCCUCUACAACAACCGCGCCCAAGUGCACAUGGCCCAACAGGCGUGGCCGGAGGGCGCGUGCGAUGCGGAGAUCAGUGUGGAGUUGAAGCGGGUGGGGAAUUUGAAGGGGUGGUGGCGACGGGGGAUGUGUUUGAAGGAGAUGGGGCGGUGGGAGGAGGCGCGGGAGUGGGUGGGGACGGGGUUGGAGUUUGAGAGGGCCGGGCCGGAGAAGCAGGGGGUGGGGGAGUUGGAGGCGUUGUUUAGGGAGGUUUGUAAGGGGGUGGAGGGGACCUGA